UCAACCUCGAAACGCAGAUGUCCAAACCAACCGUCCAGUGUGAGGCACACUAUCGUGUAAAAUCUGAUUUUAUUUUUUUUUUAAAUUGUUUUCGUUCAAUGUAAUAGGAAUAAUAUUUUGUGAAAUACGAGAAGUUAGUAACAUGCAGUUGUCGUAAAGAAGUAAGGAGACGGAAAUCGGCGGGCGGAUACAAGGUUUUCCGGUGUUUGUACUAGGUCUGGUCUUGUACUAGAGUAACAUAACGCGGUCAGCAUGGGCGGGGUGUACUCUGGACUGUGGUCAGCUAAGCCAACCCAGACAAUGACAAAGCGGGAAAAGUUCCUACAGGACAGGAGGAAAUGCAUCGACGAAAUGUUAAACAAUGAAGACAAGAGGAAGCACGAACGCAAUAUUCAUCAUCCCAAUAUACUGACAAAAAUGCCGUCCAUAUUAAAUGAGAUUGAAACCCGAGUCCUCACGAUAGAUCCCAAGGACCAUACAAAGGAUUAUCCAUUUGAAAAUCUCGUCUUCAAUGGAGGUGGAGCCAAAAUGAUUUCUUAUGUUGGAGCUGUGAAGUGUUUAGAAGACAUGGGCAUUAUGAAGAACAUCAAACGUUUCGCAGGAGCUAGUGCUGGUUCUAUAAUUGCGGCCCUCAUGGCUGCGGGGAUUACAAUAGAGGACUACCGAGAAGUGCUCGAUCAUGCUUUAAUGAAUGUCUUCGACGCAGGCUGGGGGUAUUUGAGCUUGAUACCCAACUUAUUGUAUCAUUUUGGAUGGCACCCUAACGUGAAAGUAUACGAAAUAAUCGGGAAGCUAUUUGAGAAGCAACUGGGCAAUAAAGAUAUUACGUUUAAACAGUUUUAUGAACAAACGGGGAAGGAAGUGUGCAUUGUUGUGACAAACUUGAAUUACUUGAAGGAAGAAUACUGUCACCCUAAAACUACGCCGGAUAUGCCAGUUAGGCUGGCCAUUCGGAUGUCGUGCUCUUUUCCAGGUGUUAUGCAGGCAAUCCAGUACACUCAUGAUAAUGAAACUAACACUUACACAGACGGGGGUGUGUCUUGUUAUUAUCCUAUUUGCUGCUUUGAUGGAUGGUGGUUAUCAAUGAAGAAAGGUGAUAGUUUUAUUGAGAAGUUACAUCCCUUGGAUGAUGUCCCUAUUCUGAUGAGGGAUGAAAACCGAUUUAAGACGGAUCCGGCCACGUUCAACAAAACACUUGGCUUCUAUCUAUAUGCAGAGAGCGGCAGUGACCACAUGAAGUUUGAGCUGGAGAAAAGACUGAGAGUCCAUGAUUGUGAACUUCCAGACACCAGACUAGCAAGAAAGAUGGGGGACCAAAGGCGGUUUAUUGAGCGUGCGUCCCGAGAACACAGGCGGGUUGUACUAGCAGCGGAUGAAUUCUUGAAGGUCGUAAGAAAGAUGAUCAUAGACAAUUCCAUCAUUACCAAGGAAACGUUUGAGCACGCUUUUGUCAGUGACUUUGUUCGAGAGGAAAGUUUCAGAAUAUUGUUUGGGGAUGAAUGUACUGUGGAGGAAGCAUUUGAGAUUCUGGAUGACGAUGGGAAUGGAGAGAUUAGCUACAACGAACUAGUGGAGUUCAUUCAGGGUAUCGGCGUGCACAUUCAGGAACGCAUCAGUGGAUUGGGAAAAUUGGAAAUUAAUUCUUUUUCGUCUUUCAUGUUCGCCAUGUUUAGUUCAUUUUGGAUUAGCAAAGACCAUGUGGACUUGGAUAAGGAUUUAGACAGAACUGUAGGGAUCAAUACAGUAUACGUCGACACGCAUGAUUACACGAUGGAGAAGGAAGAUAUAGCGUUCCUGGAACAGCAAGGGUACAACGCGACAAUGACAUUUCUACGGUACUUCAUAGCAAAGUCGGAAUUCCAAAGUGACUGAAACAGUUUAAGAAUAGUAUACCAGCAUCAUUUAAUCUGAGAUAUAUUCAUAUUUUUCAAACUGUCAUAGAGAGGAACUAAAGAACUCUGACAUAGCUGGUUGAUAUAAAUCAUAUACAUGUAUAGCAUUUUGAAAACUGAAGCUAUUUCUUGUUUAAGUUUUAAUUGUAGGUAUGCAGUUACUCGAUAUAUUUUUAUUUUGUACAUGUGCUAGUGAUUGUAUUGUUAUGGAUAUCAUGAGAGGGGGUAGUUAUGAAGGAGCAUAAUAUCUGUAUAGAUAUUAAUUCAUUUAUUUUACAAUAGAAAUUAUAUGUACUAGUAUUGGGGCUUCAAACCUUAUGUGCUAUACUCUCAUAGUGUAGACUGAAUAUAAAGACUCUCAAACCACUAUACUAUCAAUGAAAAUGACUUAGGAAGACAGUUGUUUUUCUUGUUACACGUUAUUACAGGGGUAUAUAGGUUUGACAUUUCACCACCAACUAGUACUCGCUAAACUAGAGAUGUCGGCCACACCCACAAUAUUGAUGGAUUUUGUACAUAUUUCCCUUAGUCUGCUGAUAGAAUACCAGGAUUUUAGUAAUGUAAAAUUGAUAAAUGAAUACAAAUGUACUGUUUCAUUAAUCUGAUUAUGACUUACUCAUUUAAUAAUCAAGGUGUCAUAUUGUAUUUUUGAAUUUACUGGAUGGGUGUAAAUAUAUUAUUAUAAUUUUUAUAUUUACAUCCACCCAGUAAAUUAAAGAAUUAUAAAAUGACAAAUGAAUCCUUGUCUUUCGAUGAAUAUUUGCAUUUUAGAGCUUUGUAUUUUAUGCAGUAUCAAAAGUAAAAUAUAACACCAUUUUAAAGUGUAACUAAAUUUACUGUCAAACUAAUUUUCAAUAUCGGUGGUACAUGUACAUUAGAGAGAGUUUUAAUGACCCUUGGUUUUAUAAGUAAAAUGAAAGUCAGAUUUAGGGUUUUAUAAGUAAAAUAAAAGUCAGAUUUAGGGUUUUAUAAGUAAAAUGAAAGUCAGAUUUAGGGUUUUAUAAGUAAAAUAAAAGUCAGAUUUAGGGUUUUAUAAGUAAAAUAAAAGUCAGAUUUAGGGUUUUAUAAGUAAAAUGAAAGUCAGAUUUAGGGUUUUAUAAGUAAAAUGAAAGUCAGAUUUAGAGUUUUAUAAGUAAAAUGAAAGUCAGAUUUAGGGUUUUAUAAGUAAAAUGAAAGUCAGAUUUAGGGUUUUAUAAGUAAAAUGAAAGUCAGAUUUAGUGUUUUAUAAGUAAAAUAAAAGUCAGAUUUAAGGUUUUAUAAGUAAAAUAAAAGUCAGAUUUAGGGUUUUAUAAGUAAAAUAAAAGUCAGAUUUAGGGUUUUAUAAGUAAAAUGAAAGUCAGAUUUAGGGUUUUAUAAGUAAAAUGAAAGUCAGAGUUAGGGUUUUAUAAGUAAAAUAAAAGCCAGAUUUAGGGUUUUAUAAGUAAAAUAAAAGCCAGAUUUAGGGUUAUUUAAGUAAAAAAAAGUCAGAUUUAGGGAUUUAUAAGUAAACUGAAUACAAUUUACCGUGUGGA